AGUUUUCGGUCUCCGCUCGACACACAACUGUUGACCAUCCAUGGUUCAUAUGGUUCAUACACAACAGUUAUGGCUGAGACUUUAAAGAAGCACUAAGUGUCUCGUGAACACCGUUAAAACCUCCAACAUGACGUCCGAAGGGACCGUUUACCGCUGAGCUCCGUUUCCCGGCGAGGAGGUGAUCUUAAUUCCAGGUGUGAGGGGGUCUCUGACGGCGUCCCGGUCUCUGACGGCGUCCCGGUCUCUGCAACGCUCGUCUGCAGGUUGUUCAGAUGAUCCAGGAGAGCGAUGGGGGGAGGAGGAGGAAGGAGGUGGGCUGUCAGUGGGAGAGUCCAGAGGAGGAGAGGAGGGAGGUGGGCUCUCAGAGCGACUCAGCAGAAAGGAGAGACGCUGCCGUCCAGGUGGACCUGCUGACUCAGCAGCUCAGCUGGACACACACAGUGCGAGCAGAUGACCCAGCAGGGGGCUCUCUGCUGCAUCGCUGCACCCACCACAGCCGGCCCGUCUAUCUGCUCUGCUGCUGCCCCCCCGCCGCUCACACACUACCCACAAUGCAUCAGCUCGGAGCGCCUGCACCUCCGGACCCUCAGCCUUGCAAAGAGUGUCCCUUGUUACCCAGCAUGCCUCUGUGCGGCGUGUCCCCCACCGCAGGACGGAGGAGUGAAGCUCCGACAGACGCCUCGGCGCCUCCUGCUGGACUCAUCGCUCCGCUGAGUGAGGAAGAGGAGGAGAAAGAAGAAGAGGAGGAGGAGGAGAAAGAAGAAGAGGAGGUGAAAGAAGAGGAGGUGAAGGAGGUGAAGGAGGAGAAAGAAGAGGAGGUGAAGGAGGAGGAGGAGGAGGAGGAGGAGAAGGGCUUAUGCAAAAAGAACGAGAAGAGGAAGCGGCCCACAUUAACGGCAGAGAAGAAGUCCAACGGUAAAAAACGGACCAAUCGCAUCACAGGAGAAGAUCAGCCCAGCGUGCAAAGAGCCAACGAUGACAGGAAGUCCAACUGGUGUCUGGACGUCAUCCAAUCAGAAGAGAGGAGCUCCGUCAGAAGCAAAACACAAAUCCAACGCACCCAAACUCAGAGGGGCGGGAACACGGAGUCCACUGACGGAGGAGAGGAUGGAGUGAUGGAGGAAGAGGAGGUCAAACCGUUGAAGAGGAAAGCAAGGCGGCCGCGGAGGAAGGCGGUGGGUCCACCAAUCAGAUACCUCCUGGAGUCAGAGGAACCGUCAGCGGCCAAUCACAGCAAAGCGAAGGGAGCGAAGGGGAAAAGGAGGGAAGAGGGGGAGGAGCUAAUGGAGGACACACAGCUCUGUCAGCUCCACCUGUCUGUCCACAGCCUGCGGCUCAGCUGUCCUCUCUGCACCAAGAAGUUCAGCCGUGCCGUCGCCCUGCGCCACCAUCACCAUCACCAUCGCCACGGCAACAGGGCGAGGCCCGUCUCCAGCGGUACCCGAGCCACAGACAACCAGGAAGAGGAGGCGAACGCCACGGGAGACAGAAAGAGGAGAGACAGGUGGAGGAGACGCAGAAAGCCCCGAUGGUGGGCCGACUACCGGACUACACAGAGGAGGGGGGCUCCGUUUUGCACGCAGCAGCUCCAUCUAUGA